CCGCCAUCAUGGAGCUGGGUUAGCCAUGGAGCAGCCAUUACAGCUUUAUUUAAGGUAUACAUGGCCCGGGGUGGCGGUGAGUAGGCCGCAGCCGCGUACAUUCGUGUGAGGGCAGCCAUGUCUCCGCGCAGCCAGGCCGCCGCUCAUUGUCUGCGAUGGUAAACACACGGCGAGCGAGAGCGAGACAGCGGGGGCGCGCACGUCACGCACGGUUCACAGGAAGCCGCGUACACCCCCCCCCCCUUUAAAAAAAUUCACUCUUCACACACUGAACUCAAGCGACAACCGCGUCCUCCAAUCACACGGCUUCCUCCUUACACCGCCGACCAAUACACUGGAAGCAGAGGGGCGGGCCCUACCGUGCGUCUGACGUCAUACGUCCCCCGUACUGGCUGCAAGCCCCACCUUUUGUGUUUCCCGCACCGUCAAUCAAAAUAGGAAAAAAAAAACGCGCCUGGUCCUUCUCCGUCCGCAGCCCGCCCGCGAUUAUUACACAACCGCCAUGUUAGGAGUCUAACCCACCCCCAGCGCGGCCCGCAGCCCUCACCGGGGGGACGAUCCUUUUUUUUUUUUUUUGGAGGAUUAUUUCGGGUGUUUCUGUUGAGGGGGGGUAGAUCCUGCCACACACACAAUGACCGGUAGGUAUCCCGCUCUGUCUCCCGCGCUCCCUCCCAUCCCCCGCUCCCCGGCGGCCGGGCCCCCGCUCACUGACACCGUGUGAGAGGAACCCCGCCAGGCUGCAGUAAUGGCGCUCCCCGCUUCCUCCCAGCCCCCUGUCACCGUGUUUCUUUGUCCGCAGCUCCCGAGCAGCCGGUAAAGAGAGAGGAGAUGUCGGCGCUGGAGGUGGACGGUCAGAGCGAGUACCUGCAGCACGGCGGCGGCAACAACGGCAGCGGCGACGACAGCGACCAAGGCGGCGGCGGCGGACAGGUAAGAGAGGCAGGCCGCAGGGCCUAGUCACCGCCAGGCCUCGCUCUCCCCCUCCCCCAGCAGGCCUGAGCGCGGCUCCCUCGCACCCCAGCGGGCGGACAGGCAGGGCACCGGGAGCCGGGCAUCACAAAAACACACAAAAUAAGCCACACAAGACCCGUACUUCCUGUGUCGGCUUCGGACUAACGGCCACCCACUUCUCUCCGUGUGAACCCGCCCAUUGUGGGUAGGACGCUGGAGCCGUCACCGCUCGCUCGGGCUGGCAUCUACCUGCGGCGGGACCGGCGGCCGAGGAGGAGGGUGGUGAUGGAGCGGGAGCGGUAAGUGAUGAGCCCAAGGCUGGAGUGCAGACAGCCCCCCUAGGGGAGGGAGGAUAGGACAUAUGUCCUCCUGAACCCCCCACCUCCUUCGCUCACCCUCCCACUGCUCCUCCUCCCUGGUGACCGGAGCUAGAGGGGGUCACCCUUUCCCUGAGCAUCUCUGUGGGUUUAGAAAUGGAGAGGGUGACCCCCGUCAUGCUGCCCAUGUCCGGCUCCCUGAUAGUGGCUGUACCUGCCUGCUGGGGUGUGUGGGAAGGUCGUGUUUCAUUUACAGACAAGUGAGGUUUAUGGUUAUUAUCUGCAGGGUUAUGUGUUUUCUAAUCAACGUCUCCCAUUUUUGCCUUGUGUUCUCCAGACUAACAUUUGGCACUGCAUAGUGAUGCUUAGUUGGCAGAGCAUCUUGGGAAAUUGAGUUCACAGCAUAUGUAUAUCCACGUCUAACCUAGAUCAUCCCUUGUAUCCACUAGGGAUUUCCUACAUGCUUCUGUGCGUUCCUGGUAGAAAGUGACCUUGGAGUCACUGAUAAGUCUCCUGGGAAUAAGCAUCUUACCUGCCAUGGUGCUUGCAUCCCUUAUUUUUUGUAACCUCCAUUCUCUAUCUCCACUUAUGUUAACAGAAGGGAUUUUGUAAAGAAGAAAUAUAGCCUUAAUUAUAAACAGAAUGCAAGGUACUUUGACUGAGACAUUGCCAGUCUUCUCAGCAGUACCACUGAUUUAAACCCUGUGCUUCCUCUGGGUCAUUGCAGUAUUCAUUAUUUCUGUUUAUGUUCUCAACGUGCAUUGGUUGAACAGUUCUUGUCUCUUGCCUGCAGCAUCGAGCAUAUUUUACUUGACAGCUAUCCCUUGAGCAAGGUUUGCUGAGGCUGAAUGGCAGGGACAAUGUUCCUGUUCCAAUAAUGCUAUUAAAGUGAUAUUUCCCAUGUAAGGUAUUAAGUUGCAAAGGGUACAUAUUUGUCUGAAGUAGCAUGGUUGUCCAUUCUAAAUGUUAGCCACGUUGUUAGUUUUAUUUCAAUUUUUUUUUUUUUUUUUUUGAGGUGUAGAACAUUGCAUGUUUUGCUCAAAUAUUGCACGUUUAGUUCUGAUACCUAUGGUAGAUAUUCCUUGUAAGCUACUUUGUUUUCCAAGUAACAAUGGCUUUAAACAGAUUCUAAUUGUAUUUCUAGUUUGCUUUGCAAUGCUACACGGCAACCUGCAAGUUUAUAUACACAACUAUAAAAAAAAAAAAAAGGAAAUUUCACUUUGAUUUCCCAAAAAUUCACACUGAAUAACCACUGCUGGUAAUAAAAUCCAUCAGUUUGUGAUUUUAUGGGUAAUAGGAGUGACUACAUUAGGCCUGUUUCUGUUCUGCAAGUUGUGUCCUUAAGGGGUUAAAUAUUUGUAAUGUUAGUGUUCUUUCUAAUAGUUUUAGGUUAAGCCCAUGCUUUGUAAGUGUGUAUAAAAAAAGUCCUAAAAAUGUAUCAUAAAUCCAAAUGGUCUCCCCUCUGCAACCUGACCUUUCACAUUCCUCUUUGAGAUAAUGAUGAUCUGUAGUCCAAUCCAGUGCUUCUCCUAGAGAACCAUAGAGGAGCUACAGUGCCACUAACGACAACUAAAACAUUUUCAACCAAAUGUAAACAUUGUUGUUUACCUGAAAAAGUUUUAAAUUGUCCCACAAAAUCACUACAUUAAGAGGCAAUGGGUUUUGGUAUUUUCAGUUUUGCUUUAAAACAGACCUGCACAACUUGGCAGCAGAUAGGUUUUUAGUUCCUCACUUUCCAAGUAAAGGUUAAAAAAAAAAUAGGUGCUCGCACACACUCACAUGCAGGUCAAAUUAUACACUUUUAGAGCCACCCUCCAGUUUCCUACCUUUUGAGGGUUAUGGAGGAUGUAUUUGCUGGUGUCCAGUCUGCAGGCUGAGCAUGUUGAGUUAGGGACUGGUUCUUGCUGUCUGCACCCCGCCUCUCCUGCCUGCUCCUCUGCUGUGGCUCUCCCCUGGCCUGACACCUCCCCACUCCUGCGCAGCUCCUCUCUCUGGGAGGAAGUGAUAUGCUGUCACUUCCUCCAAUGCUGCCAAUAAGCAAAGAGCUUGGUUGUGCUGGUAAAGGACAGCAUGACACCGACUGGGCCCCUGCUUACACUUGCCCACCAGGUAGCACCAAAUACCCCCUUAGUAUGUGACCCAUUUUUUGCGGGUCACAUGUUGUUCAGGUCUGCUUUAAGUUGAGGAUGGUGUGUAAUUCUGGGGAAAGUUCCAUUACCAAUACAGCCAGCUGUAGUAAUUAUGCUGUCCGCAUGCCUCUGACUCUACACCCUGGUUAUAUGAGAAACUGUAUUCAACUGGUUUAAGAUAGAGUCCCCUGGGUGCCUGUGGACCUGGCCCUCUUUGGCAUUGCUGUUCUAGACGUUUAACUUUUAAUUAGUAAUAUAAAUUCUAUCCCUAUUUAGAUGGUGUUCAUUGGUUGAGAAGUGUUACUUCAAUAUGCUGUGUGAGCGGCCAUGCUGCUUUCUUAAAUUAUCCAAAAGUGUUAGAGCAAUCCUCAAUGUAUCUGUAGUGACCAUUUUAUAAAGCACAUUAGAUGACAAAAGCCUAAACUUGGAACUCUCCUAUAUUCAAAUUCAAAGAUGUUAACAUUUGACUUGGACAGCCACUAGAGGCACUUCCUCCUUGAAUGCCUUCAAAUUUUAUUUAUUGGUUUAUUUUGCAUCAUGAAGCCAAGCACAGUUGAAGGAACCACUAGUGUUAUAAAUAUAUAUUUAUAUUCUUAAUGCUAUGAAGUUUCUUUUAAAAAGUGGUUAUUGUAAAAAGCGCUAAAAAGGCAUUCAAGAGGAGAAGGAAAAAUGGGUAAAAAGGAACUGUCUCCCUUGAAGUGAUAUAAAAGGUAAUAUAUCUUUAAAUAAAAGUGGUAUCCACCAAAUUUUAUAAAUGCUGCUACACACUAAAUGUUGUGACUCCAGAAAAGGAUACUUCAACACAGUGAAACAGAAUAUAAAAAUUAGAAAAUAAGUAGAGCGCCACAAAGCUUAAAAUUUAAAUACACCAUAAAAUAUAAAUAUAAAAAAUUAUUUUUGACUCUAUUUGUAGGCACCCCCUUCCAUGCAAAAAGAUGUUAAAUAAACAAAAAAGGAUUUACCUUUUCCCAGCACAAAGGCUCUCUCGCUUAUCCCUCCUCCCCCAGCGACAUCAGAGAGAAGGCAGGGCCUUCACUUUGAUGGUCCAAUACAGUGCUUCUCAUAAAGAAUGCUUGUGCAUUCAACCUUUCCCAUAGAAAAGCACUGAAUCAAUGCUUUCCUCUGGGACUGCUGCAUCAUGUGACCGUUUUAUUUGGUCUGUGCAGCAGAAGCUGACAGUCAUUACAUGAGGGCUUAACUCAGCAGUGUAAGCAUUGGAGUAAAAAAAACCCCCCAAAAACUGGGAUCGUGCACCCAGAGAAAUUCACUGAGAUUAAGUUGUCUGAGCAACUAUAGAGUUCCUUUAAAUCUACUCAGUGUAAGUUUUCUCUAUGAUUACAAUCCUAUAGUUGCAGUGUGGCAAUUGCUGCACGUGCACAGUAGGACCGUCAAUGCUUCUUUAUGGAGUAGGAUUGGGUUGACCUAAUAUCUCAGAGUAAGGAAGAGCAGCAGCUGUCAUGAGACCAGGAUUCCUCUAGAUGAGAGGUGAACUUGUCUUUAAUUUUUUUAAUUUGUGAAGGGAUGGCCCAGUAAUCUAAAGCCAACAGGAACAUUCUGUUAUAAAAGCACAUGUGUAUUAAUGAUGUUAGUGUUCCUUUAAUGGAACACUCAAAGCUCCUUAAAGGACCACUCUAGGCACCCAGACCACUUCAGCUUAAUGAAGUGGUCUGGGUACCAGGUCCUUCUAGGGUUAACCCAUUUUUUCAUAAACAUAGCAGUUUCAGAGAAACUGCUAUGUUUGUGAAUGGGUUAAGCCUUCCCCUAUUUCCUCUAGUGGCUGUCUCAUUGACAGCCACUAGAGGCGCUUGCGUGCGUCUCACUGUGAUUUUCACAGUGAGAGCACGCCAGCGUCCAUAGGAAAGCAUUAUGAAUACUUUCCUGUGUGACCGGCUGAAUGCGCGCGCAGCUCUUGCCGCGCGUGCGCAUUCAGCCGCAUGGGAGGAGAAGAGGAGAGCUCCCUGCCCAGCGCUGGAAAAAGGUGUUUUUACCCCUUCCCCCUUCCAGAGCCGGGCGGGAGGGUGACCCUGAGGGUGGGGGCACCCUCAGGGCACUAUAGUGCCAGGAAAACAAGUGUGUUUUCCUGGCACUAUAGUGGUCCUUUAACCACUACAGCAAACAGGCGUGCCCUGCCCCCCUUCCUCCCUAAAAAGAUAUUCCCUGCAAACAUGUCUAGCAUAUGUUAAAAAAACAAAAACCUGGGGAUGAAAUAUAGAUUACACACGUGCAUGCAUGUGCAAUUUUUUAAAUAUCGGCUUGUCCAAGGCAAUAAAGUGGUAGCCAAUCUACUUGUCCUGACAAAAUACAAUUUAGAUUAAGGCCCUUGCCUAGAGCCUUGGGUGUUGACAGGAUUAUUCAAUAAACUUUCUGAAUUUUAAUGCAUCAGAAUGGAAAAACGGAGGCAUAAAAGCUGAUCUGUUACAACUCUGCUUUAGUCAAACUUUUAUUUGCAUUUUGUUACAGCUAUAAUCUGGAUGAGAGGUGUAUGUGUUACAGAGCAACAUGCAUCAUUAUACAUGCCCAUUGCAAAGGAUUUUGUGGUGGUGUAUUUCGUAGAAAGGAUGGGGAGCAUAAUUUGGUAUUACAAGUGUAACAGGAAAAUAAACUUGAGGUAAACAAAUAUGAGAUUACUCAAGACUCCUGCACAGCAAAGUAAAAUCUUGUAAUAGAGAAAGUAAUAUGCAAGAUUAGAUUUAUAGAACAUGUACUUUCAGAAGAUUACUACCAAAGGCAUAUCUGAGAGGACCACAAAAGUCUCCCAGACCACUUAAUCUCAAUAUAGUGUCCCUGUAGUCUUAACCCUGCAAUGUAAAAAACACAGUUCUGUAGAAACUGCAGUGUUUACAUUGCAGGGAUAAACACACUUUUAGUGGCUAUCUUCCAGACAGCCAUUAGAGCUGCAACGCCAGAGUUUCACUCGGUGAUGUGGUGAUCAACGUCAUCAACUGCAGCUCAAAGGAAAGCAAUAGAUUAAGUGCUUCCUUGUGAAAAGCAUAUGGACGUGCACAGUGUCUCCUCUACUGUGUCUCUAUUCUAUUGUUAUAUGAGAAUUGUUUAGUAGUGCUGCAAAACAAAAUAUUAAAUUUACAUAACACAAUAAAAUGGACUAUAAUGCACAACCAUUUAUGAAAUGGAAACAAAGUCAAGAAAAUGUCUAACUGAAGUUAGUCCAGAUGGUCCUUAUGGUUUCUGUGCUUAAAGUUAUAGGAACAUCUAGUCUAGGGGUCCUCAAACUUUUUAAACAUGGGGCCAGUUCACGGUCCCUCAGACACUGCUGGGGGCCCGGACUAUAGUUUUACAAUUUUUUAUUUAUUUAUUUUUUUAAAACAAAUUCCUAUACAUAGUGAAACAGACACAUAGACAUAUAGAUACACACAUACAGACACAUACAUACAUAAUACAUACAUACAGAUAGACAUACAUGCAUACUGACAUACAUGCAUACAUAUUGAAAUACACAUACAGACAUACAUGCAUACUGACAUACAUGCAUACAUAUUGAAAUACACAUACAGACAUACAUGCAUACUGACAUACAUGCAUACAUAUUGAAAUACACAUACAGACAUACAUGCAUACUGACAUACAUGCAUACAUAUUGAAAUACACAUACAGACAUACAUGCAUACUGACAUACAUGCAUACAUAUUGAAAUACACAUACAGACAUACAUGCAUACAGACAUACAUGCAUACAUAUUGAAAUACACAUACAGACAUACAUGCAUACAGACAUACAUGCAUACAUAUUGAAAUACACAUACAGACAUACAUGCAUACAGACAUACAUGCAUACAUAUUGAAAUACACAUACAGACAUACAUGCAUACUGACAUACAUGCAUACAUAUUGAAAUACACAUACAGACAUACAUGCAUACUGACAUACAUGCAUACAUAUUGAAAUACACAUACAGACAUACAUGCAUACUGACAUACAUGCAUACAUAUUGAAAUACACAUACAGACAUACAUGCAUACAGACAUACAUGCAUACUGACAUACAUGCAUACUGACAUACAUGCAUACAUAUUGAAAUACACAUACUGACGUACAUGCAUACAUAUUGAAAUACACAUACAGACAUACAUGCAUACAUAUUGAAAUACACAUCCUGACAUACAUGCAUACUGACAUGCAUGCAUACAUAUUGAAACACACACACUGACACACACACAGACACACACACACACACACACACUGACACACACACUGACACACACUGACACACACACACUGACACACACACACACUGACACACACACACUGACACACACACACACACACUGACACACACACACACACACACACACACACCGACACACACACACACUGACACACACACACACUGACACACACACACACACACUGACACACACACACACACACUGACACACACACACACACACUGACACACACACACACACACUGACACAAAUACACACACAGAUACAUAGUGACACAAAUCCAUACUGACCUGUAUGCAUACAUAUUCAUACACAGAAAUAAUUUCUUACUUUUUUUGCAGUAGGAUGGCUGUGGCUGAUGGGAGUCAGCGUGGCUCUUCCGUCCUCGCGGCCUGUCUCUAUUCCCUCCCGCGCAGAGGGAGCUGGGAGGAAGUGACGGCCACUUCCUCCCAGCACUACUUUGCGGCUGCACAUUUUUAAAGGGGCCCGGUCGCGCUCUUGCACGGCCGCAGCACUGACCGGGCUCCUGAACAUAUAGGGCCCAUUGGGUGGCCCUGAGUGCUUGGCCUGGGUUUAGGACACUGGCGGGCCGUAGUUUGAGGACCCCUGAUCUAGUCCCGUCUGGUUAUGCUUUUUGUGUUAAAAUGUUGAGACUUCUGGAGAAUCCUAAGCUGGCAAAUAUUUUAAUGUACAGUCUAAUUUUCAUCUAUGAAUGUUGAGUCCAGAUCUGAAGUAUGACCACACUCUUAGAUGCUGGAUCUGAUGCCCUUUUACCACUGUCCCAAUAAGGCGAUAAUUUAAAUCAGACCACUGAUGUUUGAUAGGAUUCUUGCUAUUCACUGGAAUAGUGCAUUAAUGAGUAUCAAGUGUUUUGAAUUAAUCAAAUUACUUUUAAUUUACACCCCAACAAAUCGAUCAUACAGGCUUUACAUGUUAAGUCUUAUUAAAUGGGUUACCCCUGACAGAUCAUUUUGCUUGCGUGUAGCUUAACGGGCAUUUGAUUAGUUCAAACCACUUGAAACACAUUGCUGCAUAUGUCUACUUUUCAAAUCCAAAAGCUGCUUACUACAAUUAUGUACAGUUCACAAAAGGGAAAGGCUGUUCCUGUAAUGUUCAUUUGGUGCACUCUAAUGGAAUUAGUGUUUUUCAAUUUAGAUGAUUGGGUUCCCCCUGAAGUAAGCAAAUAUGGUUCAAAGGAACACUAUAGGGUCAGGGACACAAACAUGUAAACUACCAUCUAGCCCUCCCCCCCCCAGGCCCCUUAUGCCUCUAUAAAUAUAGCAAAAUCUUUCUUAUAUUCAAGCCUGAAGCUGUAGCUCUGCAUGCUGUUUGCCUCAGAAAAAACAAGCUGUCUGCUGACAUAAUCCUAAAUGGUGGCCUUGUCCAAUCACAGUGCUUCCCCAUAGGAUUGGCUGAGACAGACAAGGAGGCAGAUCAGGGGCAGAGCCAGCACAAUUCGAACACAGCCCUGGCCAAUCAGCAUCUCCUCAUAAAGAUGAAUAAAUGAAUCUCUAUGUGGAAAGUUCAGUGUCUACAUGCAGAGAGAGGAGACACUGAAUGUUUGGAUGCAUGUUAGGCAACCAUCACCCAGGAAUGAUCUCUAACCUCUAUCUGAAGAGUGGCCAGUGAAGUUAUCACUAGGAUGUAAUGUAAACACUGCAUUUUCUCUGAAAAGACAGUGUUUACAGCAAAAAGAGUGCGGGUAAUAAUUCUACUCACCAGAACAGAUUCCAUAAGCAAUCCAAUGCUUUCCCCAUGGGUAUUGGAUUGGCCAAUCAAUGCACCUCUAUGAGGAAAAUUCAGCGCCCCCAUGCAGAGCGUGGAGACGCUGAACGGCACUGCUCCCUACUGUGCAGCACUGAGCCAGGAAGCACCUCCAGGGGCCAUCUGAGGAGUGGCCACUUGGAGGUGUCCCUAGGGGCAAUGUAAACACUGCCUUUCCUUUGAAAAUGCCUGAGGGCAAUGAUUAUACUCACAUGAACAACUACAUUAAGUUGUAGUUGUUCUGGUGACUAUAGUGUCCCUUUAAAGCAGGGCUUGACCAUUGUACUUUUAAUCUAAAAGCCACCUAAAAAGAGCAAAGGUGUUUUUUGUUUUUUUUUUGGUUUUUUUUUUCUAACAAAGCUUUAUUUUCAAUGACAGAAAUACAAUUCUUAAAGUCGCACUAUAGUUAACACAACCACUACAGAUUAAUUUAGUGGUUCUGGUGUCUAUAGCCUGUCCCUGUGGGCUUUUCAAUGUUAACACUGCCUUUUCAGAGAAAAAGCAGUGUUUACAUUACAGCCUAGUAACACCUAAUUGCAGUCACUCAGACUGCCACUAGAGGUGAUUCUUAGUCCAGUGCUGCACAGUGUGCAGUACUGAUGUUAAGCAUCUCCACGCACUGUAAGGAGACGGUGAAUGUUCCCCUUACAGAUUCAUUGACUCAUUCUCAAUGAGGAGGUGCUGAUUGGCGCAGCAUGGCAUUUUGCCGCGCAUGCUCAUUAGCCUUCUGUUGCUUUCCUAUGGGAAAGCAUUGCAUUAGCCAAGAUCAAGAUUGAUAAUCUCUGCCGUGGAGGCGAGGCCAGCCGCGACAAGACCGACAUAACGUCGGAGUGGUAAAAAAGAUAAGUAAAAACAGCUUUCCCAUGCGAUCAGAGGGAGCGGUGAUCUAAGCACAGACACAGUGACACAGUGGGGUCCAAUUAAGCUGAUCUGCUCCUGUCAUCAUUUUGCUCUUCUUGUCCUGCUCCUUUACGUGCUGUUUACUAAUGCCAGGAGACGAAUGAAGUCAUAAUCCAGCUCCCAGCAUCGCAAAGGCGUGUGAGGAAGCAGAGCACGAAGAACUUGAAUAUUGCAGCUCCCUUGACGUUGCCAUUCUCCCUCAGCUGGCUGCCUAUGAGGGAACAGGUUGGCAUAUUUUGUCCAAAUAGCCAGGACAAAAUUAGAGGUGAUCAGGCACCUAGAAUUUGUCAAACACUGACUUAGAUGGUUCCUUGAACAUCUUGCGGGGUGGAAUUUAAAGCAGCUCUGUUAUGAAAAAAUAUAUUCUAUCUAAUCUGCUUCUACAAAGGUCUCGCAUAUAUAGCGGUCAACACACUGUGACAAAGGGCAGAUCUUUUUCAGUUGCCAAUCAAUUUUUUUUUUCCUUAUUUCAUAAGUAAAAUCAAUUCCAAAGAAGGCCAAACAGCAGACGGGAAAAAUUAAUUGGGAACUCCUGACAGACAAUUGAAAGAAAAGUAUGGAGACGAAUCCUCCACUUGUAUGCUCUACUGUGACUCCUAUUCUGUCCAUUCUUACUCAUUGAGGAGAGCCCUCACAUGACCACUAAAGGCAUGCAGACCAGCGGACUGGUUGCAGUGGCCUUUUAGUUUCAGCCCUGCAAUCUAAAACAUUGUCAUUUUAGUAGAUACAACAAUGUUAUGAUUGCAGGAUUAACACAACUGCCACUAGAGGCGUUUCCUCUGUGAAAACUUACGGUCUUGAUUCUCAAUCAAAUGCUGAUCCUAGAGAACAUUUGCGCCUUCUAAUGCUGCCAAUCACAGACAGGCUACUGUGGAGGCAGGGAAUGGCGCCCAGGGGACCCAAGGUAAGUCUAUAAACCAUGCUGAAAUGUUUUUACUAGUUACGGUGAGGGGUGUGUAAGAGUACUUUUAGCACCAUAAACACUGUUCAUUUAAGGUUGUUGUUUUUUUUUUUUUUUUUUUUUUUUUUUUUUUUUUUUUUUUUUUUUUUUUUAUAUUAUACAUCUAUAAUUACAACAGAACUCAAUUAUAGAAGCCCAAUCUUUACUGGUUAUUAUAGAAAAAUAACCAUAUCUGUAAUGAAUUAUGCAUUGAACAUUCAUUAACCAAGACAUAGGUGGGUAGGUGGAAUAUCAGUAUUUGUAAUUAUAGUAUGUGGCUGCUGGAACUUCCCAAAAACCAGUGUCUCUUCUUUUCUGGUGAUACGAUUUGGUAUAAACGAUAGGGUCAGGGAGCAGUGCCUGUGAUGGUAUUCCCACGCUCAAAGCGAUAUGGGAAGAGAAGGAAAAUAUACAAAUAUAGUGUAGUAUGUUUGGAUCUCUGGUAAUAAUAAACGGAUGCCCAAGGACCGUGAACAUAUCCACAGACUGGGAUUAUACCAUCCAUGCGCAAAUAUCUGAAGCGGAGUAUAAGCUCCAGAAAAUUGUAAGUGCAAUUCUUUUCCCUCCAUUGUUAUUACCAGAGAUCCAAACAUACUACACUAUAUUUGUCUUUUCCUUUCUCUUCCCCAUAUUACUUUGAGCGUGGGAAUACCAUCACAGACACUGCCCCUAACACAAUCGUUUUAUUAACCAAAACCUAUUCAUUUUGCUCCUUUGAGAACUGUUAGUGUAUAUUGCGCACAAUAUCCAUGGUUAUACAAGAAGUGCUUGAAGAUUACAGCAGCCCUACUUGAAUCCAGGGAAAGCUGAUCCACUCCAACUCCCCCAAAGGUAGGCAGGCUGGGUGGACAUAAAGCAAAAAAAUAAUAAUCCUAAUUUGUGAGUGUAUCUGUUUGAUCGUGUUUGUCAGUGUGUGUCAAUUCAGUGAAUGUGUGUGUUUAGCCAAUAGGUCGUUCUCAGAUCAUAUGGGGAAGGUGUUUUUACUCACCUUUUUUCCCCACGCCGUGCUGGUCUCACCUUGGCCUGCUCUGCUUCCAUGGCGAAGAGAAUCAAUCUUAAUUAUCUUAGCCAUGCCAUUGCUUAAUGCCUAGCAACACCCCUAGUGGCAGUCACUCAUGGUCAAGAAACGAGACCAUGUGAGAACACCGUUAUCUAACUUUCAAAUAACAAUAGUAGAAUGAAUGUUUAAUAUUUUCUUCAGCCCAGUGAGAUUGCAAUUCUAAAUGGUCUACUAUAAAUAUCUGUGCCAAGUGAACCUGGUCAAAAACAAAUAUGAACUUGAUGAUCAUCCACCAAACAACGUGAAAAUGUGAGAAAUUCCAGACUGGUCAAUAAAGAACAGUAGAAAUAGAUCAUUAGUAUGUAUAAUAUGUUUCAUAUAUUUUACUAUGAACAUCAAGGACCUUUUGCAAGAAUCGCUACAGAUAGUAUUAAAUAGGUCUUUCUAGAAUGGUCAUGGGUAUUAUUGCACAACUGUAACAUAUGGUCUUAUGCUAGUUUAUAUUGAUUAUAUAACUUUUCUGGUUACUACACAUGCCCUCCAUGGACAUUUCUCCAUUUUAUACAUACAUUUUAGUUUGGCAAAUGACUGAGCCAUUUGGGUCAAGUGUGGCUGAAUCAUGUGUCCUGGGCGAGUUUGCACAUAUUUUGCUUUUCAGAUGAUUUACUGAAUCCUCUCACAGAGAAAUUUGAUUAUACAACAUGCAGUGUUCUAGUAGUUUUGGACUACACCUCCCAUGAUGUUUUGCCAGUAUUAUGGGUGUAAGAGCAUUAUGGGGGAUGAAGUCCGCAACAUAUGGAGUGCCGAAGGUUACCUACCCCUGAUCACUAGUUCUUGUAUGUUGUUAUAGUCUUUAAUGUUUGCAGUCAGAUGAAGAUUUCAUAUUUUGAAUAAAAACUAUUAACUAUUAUUAGUUUAACAGGUAUAUCUGAACUGAUUGUUAAAUACCAGUAGAAAUACAUGGGUAAUGAUGGAAUGAGAAAUGGUGAUCUAUCUCCAGUUUAAUAGAAGUGCAAUUUAAAUUAUAAAGGUGUUAACUGUUUGUACGUAGGUUUGCAGAAUAACAAUGGAAUUAAAAGGUUACUCCAACCAUCAUAACCACUGCAGCCUACUGUUUACAACGGCUUGCUCUGGGUCUCCACUGGUUUGCCCGCUUAUCAUACCUGGGUCACCACUGGGUGACAGAUGUCUUGUGCAGCAGAACUAGGACUUUUUGCUUCAGAAGCCAGAUUCCAAUCCUGACACUUAUUGUUGGCUUAAAGCAGUGGUUCCCAGCCCAGUCCUCAAGUACACCCUAACAGUCAAGGAAUUAGGGAUUACCCUGUUGUGUCUAAGGUAUUUUUUAGAAAAAGAGAAAAAAAACAGUAAUCCCUAAAUUCUGGACUGGUAGGGAGUACUUGAAGACUGGCUUGGGAACCCUAACUUGGUGUUGGCUGGUCGCUCUCAAGCAAUGAAUGACAUUCUUUGCCUAGAAAAAUGUACCUAAUUUACAUCAGCCACCCCCGAAUUCUUGUUCCGGCUUCCUAACGAUGCCCCAAUGAAUUGCCGGAGGUAGAGUUACACCUCCGGCAAUAAAGGAGGUUAAGCUCUGUUUGUGCUGCGUUUUAAUAGUCAAGCUGAAUACAAUCAGUUAUUGUUAAGGAACCAUUAGAAAUUUUACUGCUGAUAUGAACCAAAAAAGGGACACGGCAAAAACAGAUGUAAGGGUACACCCAACAGCCUAAGUGUGCAUCCCCGAUAUCCUGUGGGGCAAGAUGGUCCGCUCCUACUCCUCCACGUUCUUGAUGGUGGUCCUCAAAGUAAGACUUCAAAAAUAACUUAAAUAACAUAUAGAACCUUUAUAAGUUUGCAGAUGUAACGGAUAAUACAAAUAUAAUCUGCAUUAUUGAUCUUAACAGCAUUAACUUUUAAACCAGUGGUUUUUUUUUGGAUCCCACCCAAGUCUUACUUUGUCUACUGCCAAGUACCUGGAGAGGAGUUGGAAUGGACCAUCUGGCCCCUCAGGAUAUUGAGGGAGGCACAGUGAGGCUGGUGUGUGUGCAUCCAUAUCUUAAUUUUUGCUGGAUAACCCUUGUCUUUGGUGUGUAUUUGUACACAUUGCCCAGAAGUCCUUAUAUUAUACAAUCAGCCACAUUUGUUUUCACUAGAUCUAGAAGUUAAAGGAACAUCGUAGGCACCCAGACCACUUCAGCUCAUUGAAAUGGUCUGGGUGCAGUGUCCCAUGUCCCUUAACCCUACAGUGAUUAUUGCAGUUUUUGACAAACUGCAAUAAUUACCUCUUAGGGUUAACUCUUCCUCUACCAGACAGCCACUAGAGGUGCUUAGACAACUUUUGGUAGUCUAAACGAAGCUGGACGUGCUCACGCUAUGUUUGAGGACUUCCAGCGCCACUGUAAUCCCUAUAUGAAAACAUUGAUUAAUUCUUUCCUAUGGUUAAAUCCUAAAAUCCCCCGCCGGGUGACGAGCUUGGGCGGAGCCUGACCCAGUGCCAAGGGACAUUGGCUCUGGUUUCAGGUAAGUGACUGAAAGUUUUAACCGCUUCAGCACCGCAGGAGGAAGGGGGCCCUGCAGGAGUCUAUAGUACCAGAAAAACGGGUUUGUUUUCCUGGCACUAUAGAAUCACUUUAAGAUUCCCCGAUUUCCUAACACUAAGGUUAGGUUGUGAAUCUUUGUGAGAAACAGUCUUUUUAGUGUUUAAAAUGCCUAGAAUCGUUUGGUGCCUUUCCUCCUUUCAGUGUUGAAGCAUUUUUGAAUAGUUUUUAAUGCUAAAUGAGUCCCCAGCAUACCAGCCCACUUGUACUGCUUGUGUUAAUGAAGGACUAACCCUAACAGUAAUGGGUGGCAGUUGUUUGGCUGAGAGUAGUCUAUCACCCCCACCCAUUGUUGGUAUGGCCGAGGAUUUGUCCAUUCUCUGUCUUAGCCAGUGGGUGCUGGGCUGUAGAUGGCCAGAGAGACUAUUUCACUUUUAAAAACAGGUUAACAUUGAAUGGAGGGAUAGGGCAAGGGAACUCUAUGGCACUAUAACCAUUUUCAAUUAAAUGUUUAUUGUGCCUAGUGUGUCCUUUUAAUCAGAGUAUGAGUGUUCAACUCCAAGAACCUUGAACUACACAUGAGUUAGAUGUUGCCAAGAACAGGCAGGUGAAUAUAGUGCCAGGAAUACAGCUUUGUAUGCCUGGCACAAAUAGUAUCCCUUUAAAGGAACUAUAGGCACCCAGACCACUUUAUCUCAUUGCAUUUGAGUCCAUAUUUAAGUAUUCUCCACUGAAAUGAAUUGGGGAACAACCAUUUAGAUAUGUACACCACUCUGAACUGCACAUCUUUUGCAAAGGGCACAUAGCAUGUCUGCCAGCUCUUUUUUUUUUUUUGUCCCAGGUGACAGAAGGGAGACCUAGGGAUUCUUCCCAGCACACACCUAGUAACAGGAUGUAUAUGUGCAUCAUAAUUGUACAUUCUAAUGCAGGGCUUGACAAAUUUACUUUGCAUCUAGGAGCCAGCUAACAAAGCUUUAUUUUCAGUGACAAAAUAACAAUCUUAAAGGGGCACUAUAGUCAGCACACCCACUGCAGCUUAAUGUAGUGGUUCUUGUGUCUACAGCCUGUCCUUGUAGACUUUUCAAUGUAAACCCUGCCUUUUCAGUAAAAAAAGCAGUGUUUACCCUGCUGCAUAGUAACACAGUGUGCAGCACCUACAUUCAGCGUGUGGAAGCACUGAACUUUCCCCAUAGACAUGCUUUGGUUCAAGGAUGAGGACCUGCUGAUUGGAAAAUAUUGGAUUGACUAAGAUCAUCAAGAUUGAUUAUCUAAGCUGUGGAGGUGGGGCCAGCCGUGGUGAGAGCAGUUCGGUGUGAGUAAAAACACCUAAUUAUUGUUCCAUUAAAUUUACACAUAAAGAGAACUAUAACCAAACAUUGUGGGCAUUUAAAGGAGGUGAGACUUACAGUGUGAGCUGACAGAAGAGCUGCACGGAGGAGAAGGGAGCUGCAGGAAGGUAAGUAACCGCUCACUGUCAGCCCCUAACAGGACCGCCGGGCUGUAAAUUGCCAUAAUACAGACAUUAACUCGAGUAUAAGUCGAGUGGGGGUUUUUCAGCACAAAAAAUGUGCCGAAAAACUCGACUUAUACUCGAGUAUAUACGGUAGGUGUGCUUCUGUGUGUAGAUUUGGUGGUUGUGUAUAAUUUUAAUACAGUGAUGUGUGUAGUAUUGGUGUUUAAGUGUUUGCAUAUAAUUUUAGAGUUGGAGUUCAGGGGUGUCUUUGUAUGUUUGUGUUUGCUGGAAUAUCUGCAUAUACACACUUACAGAUAGAGGUGUAUGUCUGUAUUUUAUUUUAAAUUCCAGAUACUACUUACCUUUGUUCCAUCAUCACAAUGAUUAGAAUUUGAGGAAAUUGCACAAAUACAACACCUGUCCUUGGCGCUGUCUGGCAUGGUUGAUCUUGCUUGAAUACACUUUCUCACGCAGGGCAAUUCUACCCAUGACAUCCAAACAAUGGCCUAAUUAUGUUUCUGUGCUCCUUUGCCAGUGUUUGAAGUGCUAUUUAGAUGAGUAACUACAACCCAUUGACUGUAGUUGCUGUGCCAGACACACACCCUGUAGGAAAGUCCUCUCACUGUGCUCUUACUCAUUAAUUGACUGGCAAGGGGAGGGGCAUAUUUAAAAUACAUAUUUUUAGAAAAUAUCUGAUAGCACAAUGUAUAGCGUUUGUUUUUUUUUUUAAAUGCUCUUUCAAAUGUGUAUAACACACAACCGCUACACUUUAAAUGUGGUGAAACCCUCCUUUGCUAAUUUUUUGAGGCUCAACAGAUGUCUUUGCUGCCAAAGAAAACACUAUAAAAAUAGUCAGGCAGUGGUGUUGCAAAAAUCAAAUCACAUACUAAUGUAAUUGGUUUGAAAACCAGAACAUUGAAGUGUGGUAUUUACACAGUAGAUGUGUAACCGCUAGCAGCCCUUGAAUUUCUGAGUAAUGCCUUGCUUACUAGUGUUGGCUACAAAUGUUAAAGGCACAUUAUAGUCACCAGAACAACUACAGCUUAUUGUAUUUGUUCUGGUGAGAAUAAUUAUUCAAUGCAGGCUUUUUGCAGUAACCACUGUUUUUAGAGAAAAUGCAAUGUUUACAUUACAGUUUAGGGAUACACUGGCCACUCCUCAUAUGGCUGCUAGAGGUGAUUGCAGGAGCAGUGCUGCACACUGUGCAGCAUUGCCAUUCAGUGUUUCCACCCUCUGUAUGGAGACACUGAACUUUAAUCAUAGAAAUGCAUUGAUUCAAUACAGCUUUGAGGAGAUGCGUAUUACCCAGGGCUGUGUUUGACUUGUGCUGGCUCUGCCCAUAUACUGCCUCCUUGACAGUCUCAGCCAAUUCAAUGCUUUCCUAUAUAAAAGCAUCGUGAUUGGCUUUGAAUAAAAUUUCUGAUGUCAGCCAAGCAGGUAGAUCAGAGGCAGAGCCAGCAGAAGCAGACUGGAAUAAAAGUAAGAUUUUGCUAUAUUUGGGUGGGGGUAGGGGAGGAGGAAAAAACUCUAUGGGAAUGGGGGGAGGAAAGAAUGUUAUGGGACGGGAAAGGUUCCUACCGCACGUAUUUACACACAAACACACUGCAUCCACUACACAAACACACACACAAAUAUUCUUGAAAACAUUAACAAAAAUUAACAAAAAUCUGACUGACAUGUAUAUUUUGUGCAUUUACCACUUAAGAAAAAAAAAAAAAAUUGCAAAAAAAAAAUUAUCGGCAUCGGCUUUAAAAAAAUAAAAAUAUUAGUCGAUCCCUAGUUCAACACUAUAGGAUCAGGAAUAUGUGUGUUAGCUUGCUUUACUACAGCUUCUUCUAAAUACUUUUUUUUUUUUUUUUUUCCUCUCUCUCCGGAAACUGAGGGUACAAAUGCACCUAUGUAUAUAACCUGCAUCUUAGUGAGUUUGUAGAUCUAGUUGAAUUGUAGUUACUUAUUCUUAUUUAUAUAUACAUGGAUUUAGAGAUGCAAUAAAAUUGAUUUCUCACAUUCAAGAAAUCUGUGUUCUGUAUCUCAUUCUUUAUAUAUGUAUUUUCUUGAAGACUUUUUUUUUUUUUCUUUCUACAGACAGAAGAUUUGACAUCUGUGCAGAUCACUGGAGGCCCAAAUAGAUGGGAAGUAUUGACCCCAGCCCAGGCUGCUUUAAAGGAUGAAGCUGGGAACAUAGUACAAUUACCAGGUGGUGCUACAGUAACAUCAGGUGGACAGUAUGUGUUGCCCAUUCAGACCUUGCAAAAUCAACACCUAUUUUCUGUAGCACAAGGAGCAGAGGGUGCUAAUGGUAAUUUGUCCAAUGUCCAAUAUCAAGUGAUACCACAGCUCCAAACAAGUGAUGGUCAACAAGUCCAACUUGGCUUUGCCACAUCUGAUAAUGGAGGGUUAGAUCAAGAAUCAGGCCAGAUUCAGAUUAUUCCUGGAAACCAUUCCAGUCUUUUGUCAUCAAGUUCCAAUAUUUUAACACAGGCUGGUCAAAUUCAAGGUGUAACAAUUGGGGGUGGAUCUUAUGGGGGUCAGCAAGUUGUGACUAAUGUCCCUAUUGGACUUCCUGGUAAUAUCACCUUUGUUCCAAUCAAUAGUGUUGACUUAGAUUCAUUGGGUUUGUCUGGCAGCUCUGAAGGUAUGACCGCAGGUAUUACUGCAGAUGGACACUUAAUAAGUGAAGGCCAUGCCAUGGACAGCUCUGAUACUUCUGAAAGGACUGCCGAACAUGAGCACGUUUCUCCUGAUGCUGGUGAUAACAACUCUGAUACAGAUUUGUUUGUGCCAACAUCCUCUUCAUCUCGACUUCCUGUAACUAUAGAUAGUUCAGGAAUGCUUCAGCAAAGUGCAAACAGUAUGUCUGAUAGCCCGAGUGGGCAGGUGCAAACAUCUGAUCUUCAGGGAAAUUACAUCCAGGCUUCAUUAUCUGAUGACUCGCAGAGCAUUCAGGUCUCCACAUCGCAACAAAUGGUACAACAAAUACAGCUUCAAGAAAGCCAGCCUACCAGUCAAGCUCAGCUUGUGCAAAGUAUUGCACAACAGGCCAUACAAGCAGUUCAGGCUGGAAGUCAAACCAUAUCGUCUCAAGCUUUGCAGAACCUUCAGUUGCAACUUAACCCUGGAACUUUCCUAAUUCAAGCUCAAACAGUGACUCCUUCAGGCCAGAUUGCUUGGCAAACAUUUCAAGUUCAAGGUGUUCAGAACUUGCAAAACCUGCAGAUCCAGAAUUCCUCUCCUCAGCAAAUAACAUUGACACCUGUCCAGACACUUACACUUGGGCAAGUUGGAGGGGCAGGAACUAUAAGCACUGGUCAGUUGCCAAACCUACAGACUGUUACUGUAAACUCGGUUGAUGCAGCAGGCAUCCAUUUUCAGCAUGACACUGAUAGCCCAACAGGUUAGUUUACUUUUCUUUACUUUUUCCUCUGUCUAUGGCCUUAAAAUUGAUGAUGUAAAUGUUAUAAAAAAAAAUUUAUAUUACCUAUACUAUGUCACUCCAAACUCCUUAGUCACUACUUCUUAUAGUAAUGGUUAUUGUGCAAGACAUGGGUGAAAUCACUAAAUUUUUUUCUUAUCAAAUUAGUUUCUUGACACCUUAACCACAAAACACUGUGUAUGUGAUAUACACAGAGAAGUUAAAUGGUCACAGCUGGACCUUUGAAGUAUAUUUACUUGGAUGUUUUGUGUUGAGUCUUUGGAGCUUUCCUGAUUAAAGGAAUGCUCCAAGCACAAUAACUGCUACAGCAUACACCCCAAUGUGAGUAAUCAAGACUUGUGGUAACUGUUUGACUUCUUAACUGGGUUCUACAAGGUGCUGCACUGUGGCCAGUGGCUCAACUCAUUGGCUGAGAUGAUUAGCUGAUGCUCUGACACUGAUCUGGCCUUGCAUGGCAGAGCUUGACUCGGAUGAACUAGCAAAAGCUCCUUACCAGAAGAGAACUGGCAGGGAUUGGCGCGUGGUAAACUCCAGGUAAUAAGUCAAGCUGUUAUAAAACUGCUUAUAUUGGAAGACGCUCAGGGCACACCUGGUACUAUAACCACUACAGCACACUUUAGCUAUUAUUAUUAUUAUUAUUGGUUAUUAUUUAUAUAGCACCAGCUUAUUCCGCUUUACAAUAAGAGGGGAAUUUACCAAAUGAGACGAUAACAAAAUGUGACAGGAACAAUAGGUAGUUGAGGACCCUGCUCAAAUGAGCUUACAAUCUAGAGGAUGGUGCAUAGUGUUCCUUUAGUGCCAUUGCAAGCCUGCUUGGUACAUGAUAUAGGGUUGAAUUUUUACUUGCCAGAGGUCAAUUUCCACUUUCCAACUGCUUAUUGCGAGUGGCAAUUGUGAGCUCUGAUUUAGCAUAUCUAAAUUAACUCUAAAACUGUUUAUUGCAAAUUGCCAUUGUUUGAACCUAUGAUUUAGAAGAUUCUUUGUAAUCCAGUAUUAUGUCUAUAACCUGAGUGACGUAAAAGUAUAUUUUGUUACUCUUAUAAAGAUGGGUAAUUUCUUACAGUGCUCAAAAUAGUCUUGCAUACAAGUCUUGAUAUACUCAAGUCACUCUUGUUUUUUUUUCGUAGCCUGUACUUUUAUUGCAUAGUUGCAAUUUGACCGUUUUCAGUUAUCCACUCUCCUUGGUUCCAUGUUCUUUCCCAGCCCCCUUGUCUCCUGUAGUCUCUCUUUCCUUCCAUGCCAUUCAUAUCCUUUGUAAUAAAAACUCCCACUGCGCACACAUCUGCCUGCCCCACUUUAAUAUUCAAAUGUCAAUCUUCAUGACUUAAUUAAAUUUAUAUUUACCAAGUCUGUUUUCCUAUGCAUAUGUUGAAAACUGCUUUUGUCAAGCUCGGUGAAUACAGUACAGUUUAGUGUAAUUGUGCGAUUAAAGUUUUACUGUUUGCACAUUUCUGUAAAAUUAAAACAGAAUCCUACUUUAAACUAGUCAUAAUUGCAAGACUUGACAGGUAAUAUUUUAGAAGAAAUUUCUAUAGCAGUUAUUACAGGGCUCGACAAAUCCCAAACGCAAGGUCGCCAUGGCGACUAGAAUUGUUCUGACGCCUGGGUGUAGGCCUAUUCAACACUGGACCCAAAGCAGGUGGCUGUGUGGAAUGGAAGUGGCCGCGAAGGAGCUGUGAUCUUCCUGCUCUGCUUCCUUGUGUGCCCUGCUGUGAUAACGGGAUAGGACGUCACUCCGUCAUCACUAAACAGCAUGCGAAGGAGAGGAGCAAGAAGAUUACAGGAUCACAGCAGCUGCAUUGGAGCCCUGGGAAAGGAUAGGAAGACUGUGUGGACUUAAAAAAGAAAAAUAAUUUGUUCAUGUGUGAGAGAAAGUGUGUGUCUUUAAGUGCGUCUCUCAAUUCAGUGUGUCUGUCAUUGAGUAUGUGUGAGUAUUGGUACUUUAGUUCUAAAAAUACAAGGAAUGUUCAUGGCCACAAAAAGCAAAGUGGGAAAAAAAACAAUCAAUGCAUACAUCUGGUGUGUCACAUCAGAAUAUAUUAAUUGUCUACACAAGUAAAAUGCCAAUGACAUUUGAUACUAGUUUUCAUUAUAUGUAAAUUUAAAGGAACACUAUAGUGUCAGUAAUACAAACAUGCAUACUUGACACUAUAGUGGUAAACUAACUAGGUGAACUUUCCAACUCUGAUCGCAUGGGAAAUGUUUUAACUCUCCUUUUCCCCUUGCCACGACUGACCCAGACUCCGUGGUGGAGAUCAUUAAUUUUGAUGAUUUCAGCCAAUUCCGUACUUUCUCAUAGGAAAGGAUUAUUAGGCCAUUGCUCAUGUGCGGCAAAAAUAACGUGCCGCACCAGUAAGCAUCUCCUCACAGAGGUGCAUUAAAUCAAUGCAUCUCUAUGGGGAAUGUUCACCGUCUCUGCUGAACAUAGGUGCCUCACUACAUGGCACUGGUCUAGGAAGCACCUCUAGUGGACGUCUGAGUGACUGCCACUAGAGGUGUUACUAGGUAGCAUUGUAAACACUUCCUUUUCUCUGAAAAGGAUAACUCUGUAGUGUUCCUUUUAAGCCACAAUUAGUGAUAUCCAUGAAAGUGUUGCUAUGCUGUUUCUUGAGGUCUAGAAACCAGAGUAUAUAAUGCUGUGACUUCUGAUUCUUUCACCCCAGUUAAUGAUGUGGAAGCACUUAGUGUGUUGAGGAGUUCCGUGGCGCUAUGAAUGAAACACACAGGCUGAGUGUGGACACAUUGUCAAUGAUACUGCACAAUUUGUUGUACAUAUGCUUAAUCUUCUUAGAAAGUCAUGGGCAUGUAUGCUUUGGCAUUUGUUCCACGUGUUUGCAUAUGCCUUUACAUUGUCUACGUGCAUGACACAUGUGGAGAUAAAGGAAUUUGCAUUAAAUGCUCUGGUUGUGCCAGGAUAGCCUGAUGCAGGGUCUUUCCUCCUCUCUCGCUUUCUCUUCAGAUUGGUGGUAUCUGGGCAUCAGCCCAUCCUUACAAGCACGUUGUCUUGGUGUUACUUUUGAUUCUGGCCUCACCUUUGAGCCUCACAUCCAGUCUGUUGUCAAAUCAUGCCAAUUCCACCUCAAAAACAUCGCCCGCAUCCGCCCCUUUCUUACACAAGAUGCUACUAAAGAGCUUGUCCAUGCUCUAGUAAUCUCUCGCAUGGACUAUUGUAACUCUCUCCUAAUUUGUCUUCCCAAUAGCCGUAUUGCCACACUACAGUCUGUAAUGAAUGCUGCCGCCAGACUGACUUUCCUCUCUAGUCGGUCCUCUCACACCUCACCUCUCUGCCAGUCCUUACAUUGGCUUCCUGUAUACUAUAGGAGUCAAUUCAAAGUGCUAACCCAUACCUAUAAAGCACUGAAUAAUCUUAGCUCCUCUUACAUGUUCUCACAGAUCCAUAGGUAUGCCUCUUCUCGGUCUCUCCGUGACCACCUUCUGUCCGCUGCUCGCACCCGUACGGCCAACUUGCGCUUGCGGGCAGCUCCCUUCUUAUGGAAUAGCCUGCCUUCCUCCAUCAGACUCUCCCCUAGUCUCCAAUCAUUUAAGAAGUGCCUUAAAACCCAUUUCUUUAGGAAAGCCUAUGGCCUCUGAAACUAACCUCUACCUCACAUUCCUGUCUCUUGCUCUCUCUUAAAGGGCAGCACUCUACUCUCUCCUCUAGCUCUGCUUCACUCCCACCUAAUUUGACUGCUACUUCCUGUCCUAAUGUGUUUUGUGCCCCACCUCCCGUAGACUGUAAGUUCGUUUGAGCAGGGCCCUCUUCAACCUGUCGUUUCUGUAAGUUUUCUUGUAAUUGUCCUAUUUAUAGUUAAACCCCCCUCUAAUAAUAUAAAGUGCUACGGAAUCUGUUGGCGCUAUAUAAAUGGCAAUAAUAAUAAAAGAAAAAUGGCAUGUUCUAAAAAACAAAACUCUAACUUCUCAUUAGGUGAUGUCUUCCAGAUUGUUCCUACCUUCCUAACAAUUAAGUUAACAUUUGUUUAUUCAGAGACAUAACUUUAGUGAUAAGCAGAUUACAAAAUUUAGGCAACAGUGGAUUUGGAAAAAUUCUAUAACUCGGCUAUAGCCACGUCUAAAUUUCUCAGUUGGGUUUUCAGUUUUUUACUGAUCAGUGUUUAAAAAAAAUAAAUUGCAGAGGGUUUUGGUUAGUAAGCUAGUUACAUUUGUGUACAACACAUACGAAUAACUAGCCACUCAAUCCUAAACAUGCACGGACAAAAAUAACUCUCAGCCACACAUAGCUAGCCAAUAAGGCACUACCUACCCCAAGCUCCUAACAAUGCUAUUAAUGCCUCUGAUAUUUUGCCAUUGCUUAUCCUUGCUCACAACUUACAACUUAAUGAAGUGAUCUGGGUGCCAGGUCCAUCUACGGUUAACCCUGCAGCUGUAAACAGCGGUUUCAGAGUAACCGCUAUGUUUACAUUAGGGUUAAUCCAGCCUCUAGUGGCUCUCGUUGACAGCCGCUAGAGGCGCUUCCAUGCUUCUCACUGUGAAAAUGGGAAAUGCUUUCCUAUGGAUUGAUUGAAUGCGUGCUCUUGUCGCGCAUGCACAUUCAGCCCUGACGUUGGAAGAGGGAGGCGAUUUUGCCCGGUGCUGGAGAAAGAUAAGUGUUUAACCCCUUCCUCCCCCUUUAGCCUAGUGGGAGUGGGGCCAUGAGGGUGGGGGGUGGGGAGGAGCAUAAAGACACUAUAGUGCCAGGAAAACAAGUUGUGCAAUAUUACUUAAAUGGACACUAUAGGCACCCAGACUCAGUGGCGUACACAUGACCCAUGGGGCCCCGGUGCAAAAAUUGAUCUCUCUCCCUCUCUCUCUCCCUCUCUCUCUCCCUCUCUCUCUCCCUCUCUCUCUCCCUCUCUCUCUCUCCCUCUCCCUCUCCCUCUCCCUCUCCUCUCCCCCUCCCCCACCUCCCCUCCCCUCCCCCUCCCCUCCCUCCCCCUCCCCUCCCCCUCCUCCCCUCCCCCUCCUCCCCUCUCCUCCCCUCUCCCCUCUCCUCCCUCCCCCCUCUCCCCUCUCCCCCCCCUCUCCCCCUCUCCCCUCUCCCCCUCUCCCCUCUCCCCCCUCUCCCCUCCCCCCCUCCCUCUCCCCUCUCCCCCCCUCUCCCCCCUCUCCCCCUCUCCCCUCUCCCCCUCCCCCCUCUCUCUCCCCUCUCCCCUCUCCCCCCCUCUCCCCUCUCCCCCUCUCCCCCCUCUCUCCCCUCUCCCCUCUCCCCUCUCCCCCCUCUCCCCUCUCUCUCCCCUCUCUCUUCUCUUCUCUCUCGCGAGAGCACUCAGUGCUUCCUCUUCAGUUCCCUCGCGCGCCGCGUAAGGAUGCCGGCGCGGGAAAAAGGCGUCAUCUUCCGGCUCCGGUAUCAGUGCGGUACGCAAGGGAGCUGAAGAGGAAGCACUGAGUGCUCCCUCGCGCGGCCACCCGCCUUCCGGGUGUCAGCAGGGCCAGCCUCGGGGGGCCCUGAGGUGGCCGGUUCCUGGGCCCCCCAGGGGAAGAGGCUGGCCCUGUGGGUACAUGCCGGGCCCCCUGGUGGGCCGGGCCCGGUCGCAGCCGCAACCCCUGCGACCCUGGUAUGUACGCCACUGCCCAGAAUACUCUAGCUCAUUGAAGUAGUCUGGGUGCUUAGUCUCAGGUCCCUUAACCCUGCAAAGCUAGUUUUUGUAGUUUUUAAGAAACUGCAAUAAUUACCUUUCAGGGUUAACUCUACCUCUAGUGGCUGUCUACCAGAUCUACUUAAACAAAAAAGCAAUAAUUUUGUAGCUGCUGUGAUCCUGUAAUCUUCAAGCUCUGCUCCCUCCCGCACUGUUUAAUGAUGACGGGGCCAGAGUGAUGUCAUCUCCUGGCAUAACAGCAGAACUUACAAGGAAGCAGAGCAAGAAGAGCUCAACAAAUACACCUCCCUCGCUGCCCACUUCCAUUCAUCCUCAGCAGCCUCCAUGCUCUCUCCGCUUAAUGGGCUGACAAACACCCAGACGCAAAAUUCUUGGUCUACAUGGUGACCUGGAGCCUGAGAUUUGUUGAUCCCUGGGUUAUGUGGCCUUUGUUUUUGUUGCUGAGGAUCUUGGAGUAGUUAGAGAAUUGCAGUUGGCUAACAAGAUGACAGCCUCUGCUUGCUCAGGAACUAUAGCUUAAUGUGAGGUCACCAUGACUACACAGAACACUGGUUUGGUCCCUAAAACAACGUCAACCUUCCUGUAUUUAGAUAUUGCCAUGAAAAUCUUUAUAGAGGCACAAAUGAAAUCUAGAGUGAUGCGCAGUUGUUUAAAACUGGAGGCAAAGUGGAUGUUAGGGAUGUCAAGAUCAUGAACUCGUUGAACUUCUCUCCUUUCUAUUUUGGUUUAGUAAUCCAGUAAGCUUGCAAAUAGCGCAUAUAAUAAGGCUAGUGGACAUCACAGAAGCUCGCUCUGCAUACCUGCUUCAUUGAGGGUGUUCACAGUGUGGCUAGAUUUUGCCUUAAGAUUAGAUAUCCCACUUAUACCUCACUCCCACACUCACUCUCAGUGUCGCACUUAAUGGGUAUAAGAGUUCUAGUUGUUGCUGUGGAAACAGAUUACAGCUUCUUGGGAAAAACAUUAUUAUACGACCACGUACAUCUGUCUUUAUAGCGUCUCCAGCUGCUGACAUUGAUGCGGCACAAGGAUGUAGUCCACAUUUAUUCAAUUUAGACUUUUUGACUGUUGGUGAAUUGUUGCAUCCUAAUUUACAUAAAUAAUGUUCCUUCAUUAACAAACCUUUGUUUUGUUAGCUGGAUGUUUGGGUACAGAAUGGCUGGAGGAGCAUAAAGUUGCUUCCAGCUGUGAUCUCAACCACCCUCAGGUGACAUCCAGCUUCUGAAAUUUCAGUUCCCGGUCAGGGGGAGCUGCUGAUUGGUUGAGAGUGGUCAGCUGACUCAGCCAAUCAGUAACUCCCUGAUUCACAAAAUUGGUCUUGGAAAGUCCUUUUCCAAGCCAGUUUUGUCAAUGGGAAGUCAGAUUGUUAUUGUGCCUUAUUCUGCGUAAACUUUCUCCUAAAACAGUUACCAGUGGUAUUGAAAAAUUACAUAUUAUAACUAGGUUACCUGCCUUUGACAGAGUGCUGAGUGUUAAUACAGAUGAAGUGUGAAUUAAAAAGAAAAUAAAGUUCUAUAUAGUAUAAUCUAAAGCACAGAAUCCGUUAAUACGUAGCGUAGUCUAUUUUGUGAAUAAACUAUAGCAGCCUUUAAUAGUUGGAAGAAGCUGUUCUGCAUAUUAGGAACAUAACUGUUGCAAUUCACAGUUGAUCACUUAUGCUUAUUGACUUAAAAAAAUUAAAAACUUUAGCAAGUUCAUUUAAAGGAGCUUAAAACACAUACACACGACUGCAACAAAGUCUCAACUAACAGUUUCCAUCUAAUUGGUGCACAGAUCAAACAAAACAGUUUGGGUAGUACAUCUCCAAUGACUUGAUAAUAUACAAUAUAAUAUAUGCACCCGAUUAAUCAUUGUAUAUUGUGAGUCUCUACACAACUUUAAGGUGAAAAGGUUGGCGUGAUAUAACCCUUUGUAUAUGCCAAAACCACUAAUAUUCAAGAAAACAAUCUGCGCCAAUUUGUGUUUGAACGUUUACAGGCAAUAUCUCUUGACAGGUAUACUAUUUGGAAGGUAUAAUAUGACAAACGUAAAACUCUUAGAAUACUCAAAUGUUGAAUUCAACUAUUUUAGAACCUUGCCCGUGGUUCUCAAUCUGUUCACAUAUGCUUACAGAGUUAUUCCCUAAACUCAGAAUGUUAGUGAGUUACAGUCUGGCAAAAUGAAGACAAAUAGCAGGUUAGGAAAGGAAGUCUCCAAGAAGAGUUGUAGAAUUUUUCCAGUUGAGCUAUUUUAACUGAAUUUACCAAGGGCUUAUCUCUUUAAUUGUGGAAUAUAUUUUAAGGCUUAACACAUUUCCAUAGACUAAGAGGCAGGUACAAAAGCUAUGAGCCAGGCAAUAGUAGUGAGACAAACCCCUGAUAAAUCGCCGUUGCAAUCAUACCAUGUAAGCCACUACCUUGCAUAUCAAUUUAGUCACAUACCCACUCAUACACUGGCAAAUCCAUUUUUUGUAUUUGUCGUUUGUUAUCCUUGUAAAUUAACUGAAUCAAAUAUAAAGGCAUUCCAUGUUUUUAACGGAGCGUUAUUGCUCCUGCAGGUGCCACUAGGGACAUAAAUCCAGACAUAAAUUACCUUCCUAUUAGCUAGAGAUCGUGUCCUCAUCUGACUUCCUGAUUACAAAAGUAUAAAUACUGGCCUGAGAUAUCAAUCUGAUUAAAAUCCUUCCCCACUCUUAUUUCUACUUGUUCACAUAUUCAUAUCUGAUGUAGGUUUUCUUGGGUAAUGUUUACCUAAACAACUUGAUUAUUCUAUCAAAAAAGCAACCUGAGUGCAGUUGUUAUGUAUUUACACUGCUAAUGGUGUUUACCUUUCCUAAAUGUUCUUGUGCCGUUGUAUAUAUGUAUUCCUGCUUUUCAUAACUAAACUUCUAUUGAACAUAAACAUUCGAACCAAUAAAUAAAAAAUACUCCUGAAUUCUCAUUAAGACAGUACAACGCACAACUGUUUUCACACUUACACGCCUUAUUUAAUGUUGUCUAAUUUUCAGGGAUACGAAUUAAGGAGGAGGAACCUGACCCAGAGGAAUGGCACCUUACUGGUGACUCUACAGUCAACACAAAUGAUUUAACCCACCUGAGAGUCCAAGUUGUGGAAGAUGAGAUGGACCAACCAAAUCAGGAAGGGAAAAGACUGAGGAGAGUGGCGUGUACAUGCCCUAACUGCAAAGAGGGUGCCGGAAGGUGUGUAGAUUUUGUACCCUUAUUCAAGGAUAAUACUUUUCAGCACCUUUUCUGUUGGCUACAGUGAACAGAGAGGAUUGUAAAACCUGGAAGCAAAGAAGAGAAUCUGUUAGGAAACCAUUUUUUUUUAUUUUUUUUUAGUAAAAAAAAAAAAAAAACAAGAACUCUCGUUCUAUUCCUGUAUACUACUUAUCUAGAACUUUGUAGAUAACAUAUUUUUAAGAGACAGCCCACUGCCCAAAUUGGCAACAAAAAAAACAAAUGUUUAGUAGAUAUACCCCUAAUUAAUACAUACAUGCAUUUUUACAUGCAUGUAUUCAUUGGCGGUAUAUCUUAAAGGAACACUAUAGUCACCUUAACAACUUUAGCUUAAUGAAGCAGUUUUAGUGUAUAGAUCAUGCCUCUCAAUUCACUGCCAUUUAGGAGUUAAAUUACUUUUGUUUCUGUUUAUGCAGCCCAUGCCACACCUCCCCUGGCUCUGAUUGACACAGCCUGCAUGAAAAAUAAAACUGGUUUCACUUUCAGUCCGAUGUAAUUUACCUUAAAUGACCACUAUGGUGUCAGGAAAACAAACUUUCCUGGCACUAUGUAGUCCUUAGGUCCCCCCCCCCCUUCAGCCACUUACCUUUCUCCAGCGCCAUGCUCCCUUGGCGCUGGGGAACUCCUCCUGCCGACGUUGGUGCCGAACGCGCACGCAUUCAAACCGCCCAUAGGAAAGCAUUACUCAAUGUUUUCCUAUAGACGUCAACGUCUUCUCACUGUGAUUUUCACAGUGAGAAUCGCAGAAGCGACCUUUAGUGGCUGUCACGAAGACAGCCUCUAGAGGCUGGAUUAACCCUCAGUGUAAACAUAGCAGUUUUUCUGAAACUGUUUUCAGCUGCAGAGUUAAAACUAGAGGGACCUUGCACCUAGACUACUUCAUUGAGCUGAUAGUGGUCCUUUAAACAAUUGUAUCUCUUUCUCUGUAAAUUGAACUUUAAUCACAUACAGGAGGCUCUUGCAGGGUCUAGCAAACUAUUAGUAUAGCGAAGGAAAAGAAAAUCUUAAUUAAAUAGAACUUGCAAUAAAGGAAGGAUAAACAUUAGAUGGAGGAAGUGUUUAGUGAGGCUGUGCAAGUCACAUGCAAGGAGGUGUGACUGGGGUUAAUAAACAGUGAUUUAACUCCUAAAUGGCAGAUAAUUGAGCAUUGAGACUGCAGAGGCACGAUCUAUACACCAAAACGGUUUCAUUAAGCUAAAGUUGUUUUGGUGACUAUAGUGUCCCUUUAAGAGCUUGCAGAGACUGUAGUUCUUCAUAGUUUCUAAAUAGGUGCACUUGUGCAUGCACGUCUGCUCUGAGGUCUGGAGGAGCUCAAGUAGAGUUGGCUCAGUGGAGCUAACAGUAGGAGGCUGCAUACCUCUUUGGCUGACAGCCAGGGGGUGUUCUAUGGUUUAUUUGUAAAAAGUAUAUGAAACAUUGGCACUUUUAUAAACUAGGGUUUCAAAAUGAAAUAUUCUUCACUCAUAAAGAACUUCAACAAGCUGAAGUGCUUUUGGAGUGUGUAGAGGUCCUUAAAGGUUGAAUGUUUCUUUUUGAGGCUCUGAGAUUCUAGACCAAAUGUAUCAAUUUACUUUAUACUAUGAUUUCUCAUAAACCCACUAGGCUCAUACAAAAGUAAUGCUCCAUAUGCUUGAUACAGGAGCUGAAAUUCUUUGCGUUUGACAUUUUACGUGUGUGUUUUUCCUUAGUUGUAUUAUACCCUAUUCAUGAGAUGAGCCUUCAAAGAUAUUGUAAUUUUCGUCAUAGCCUUUAGUUUGUAUCCACUAUUUUAGGAUAUUGCUCUAUGAAUCAACAUUUCAGUCCUUCGACAUGGACUUUAUUGAUACAAGUUUACUGUUAUUAAAUUAUUCAUAUUUGGUAAUAGCAUUGUUCUGGAUGUUAUGUUUGCCUUGUGAUGUUCUGAUGAUCGCUUCCAAAGUAAGCUGCGGUAUCAUAAUUGUUGAAUGUAUGUUAAUAUCCAGAUAAAUAGAGAAAAUUCGAAUUUUUUUUUUUUUUUUUUCUCACUGUAAUAAUAUUCCAGGGCCAAAAAUAUGUAAAGUUAUUCUGCUUGUGUUAUACACCUCUGUUAUAACGGCCAGUACUGCGUCGUCCAUACUGCAGAAUCAAUUAGUCUUCACAAGUGUUGACUCACUGUGUCAUGCACCUCCCUCUAGUGGCAUUCUUCUUCCAUCCUGUACUUGGCUGCAAUUAUCUUGCAUAGAAAAUGCAUUUUAAUAAUUUUGUGAGUAAACUCCACAGAGAUGACAUGUUAAUAUCCUUGUAGUGUUGCACUUAACAAGAUAUGAAAUGCGUGCACUACACUUUGAAACACAUUUGUUGAUAAAUAUUGAAUGGUUAACAAAAUAACCUUGAUUUAAAAGUUGCCUGUUCUGAUAAAAUAUGAGAACUUGUGCUACAAGUUGAUCAAAUCUCUAAUUUGAUAAUACUGAUCUAUAAAGAUAGAUAUAUAUUCUAGCAUAACACUAAAAAAAAAGUGUUCUAAUUUAGAGAAUAGCAAUACUUUCUGUAGUUGGCCCCGCAUCCUAAGCUGAGAUGAUAAAGUCCCAUAUGAAAGCAUUGGAAGACUAGUGCACAUGCGUGUCAAAUGACGCAACGAUAAGAUGGUCUCAAUGAAUGACAGCCAGUAGAUGCGUUUUAACCGUCCAAUGUAAACAUUCCUACAAAACCGCAACUGCUGUAUUAAAACUGCAGGGACAUAGCAUUUAACCACUUCAUUGAGAUUAAAUGUUAUGGGUGUCAUUAGUAUCUCUUCAAACUCUGCUAGCAACAAUAGUGUUUGGCAAUUAAGAGAUGAGUCACAACACAUUGUUUUACAAUCUUAUUUUAUAUUUAAAUGUGUGCAUUUUUCCAAUUUUGUCAACUUUUCAGAGGUACCAAUCUUGGAAAGAAAAAGCAACAUAUCUGUCACAUCCCAGGCUGUGGUAAGGUUUAUGGCAAGACAUCACACCUUAGAGCUCAUCUUCGUUGGCAUUCGGGAGAACGUCCCUUUGUUUGUACUUGGAUGUUCUGUGGCAAGAGAUUUACUCGAAGUGAUGAGCUACAGCGGCAUCGAAGAACCCAUACUGGUGAGAUCAUUGCAUUAUUUGUUAAAAUCUGCUGUAAUGUAAAUUUUUAUUUAAUUUCAACCUGUGUAUCACACAUGUAUCAGAAGUAUUUUGUAAGCCUUUUGUGUAUGUACAGCUUUGAUGGCUAUUGGUAUUCGUUUUGGUACAUUAGUACCCAAAGAUGAGAUGGUAAAAUAUUUCACUGAAAUCUUAACCUCACUUUAGUUAUUGUCUAUCAGGAGAUGGUAAAUAUUUAAAAACUUUUUAUUCUGGUAGAUAUGGUGGCAAACCGCUUAAUGUAGUUGUUCUUGUGAGUAUAGUAUGUCUCUGCAGGAUUUUUAAUGUAAACCCUGCAUAUUCAGAGAAAAGGCCACUAGAGGUACUUCCUGGGUCAGUCACUGACGUUCAGCGUCCCCACGUACUGCAUAAAGGCAUUGAACUUUCCCCAGAGAGAUGCAUUGAUUCAAUGCAUCUCUAUAAGGAGAUGCUGAUUGGCCAUAGCGGCGUUUGGCUGUACAGAAGCUAUAUGUAGAUCACACAACAUCAGGGAAGGCCUGCUGUCUGGCAGGGACCCAGGUAAGAGGGUUAACCAUUGCCGUUUAAAGGGAUACGUUAAGCACCAAAACAUAUUUAGCUUAAUUAAGCAGUUUUAGUGUAUAAAUCAGGGGUAGUCAACCUUUUUCUACCUACCGCCCACUAAUGAAUCUUUCUUGAUGGAAAAAUUUUCUUACCGCCCACCAUUUUUCACGCAAAUGCAGAUUUUUUUUUUUUAAAGGUAGGGUGUUUAAAAAAAUUUUUUUUUUUUUUAAAAUGGACGUACAUUUAUCUUUUUAUCUCUACGCAUGUUUAUAAUGUUUUUAACUUUGUAAAGUUUAAUGAGAAAACAAAGUAAAUUGAAAUUACCUUUACUAGUGAUUAAUGAGAUCCCUGAGGUUGAUCCUGCGAGACUAAAUAUAGUUAGCUCACUUAUUAUUGUUAGCCAACAAUUCUCUCCUUUUCUUUCUCCUAUUUCACAACUGCUCUGCUCCGCUUCUGCCUUCUUCUGCUGUCCCUGUUAUCGUGCAUCAGCUCCCACUCAUCCCCUUCUUCCCACGUGUUACAUGUUCGCGUGCACGCAUUCUCGUGUUUGCACAGUUCACGCGCUUUCGCACUUUCAUGUGUGCACUCGCGCCCGCCCACUCUCUCAAACGGUGGAUUAGCUAGCAUUUUAUCUUGUGCCGCCGAAAUCCCUACCGCCCACCUGGAAUCCUGAAACGCCCACUAGUGGGUGGUAGGGACCAGGUUGACGACCCAUAGGUCAUGGUUAGGCACUCCAGAAGUUCUGUACUCAAUCUCCCCUAAGGCUUUGCCAAAAAUAUGGGUGAUGUUGUCCACAAUAUCUGGAGUGUCUAAGGUUGGUAUAAAUAAUGUAUAUGAUCUAUGCACCUAACACAACUCCAUUUAUCUAAAGUUGUUUUAGUGUUUAUAGUGUCCCGACUUGUAUGUGUUUGUUUUUGGUUUUUUAAAUAGCUUGUUUUAACAGUUGAGUUAACCAUUUGAGUCAACUGUUUAAGCAAAAUAUGUAUUAAAAAAAGAUUGAUUAAGCAAAUACAUGAAUAUGUAUGUUAUAUUAGUUAAAUAAACCUAUUUACAUUGCUUUAUAAAUAUGAGUAACCUAUUAAAUUUGAGAGACUUCACAAAGCAAUAAUUUCAUCAUUUGUUUAUGUAUUUCAUGUUUCAUAGGUGGGAGCGUGGGCCUCUUUUCUAGUGACUGGCAGCAAUGGCUGUUCGGUCGCUAGUUUUAAUGUUUAGUAUGGCAGGUGGGGGCAUAUGGAGGUAAAAUACCUCCAUUGUAGCAAUAUAGUGGUCUUAUUGACCCACAUAGGAUUUUUAUUACAUUUUUGUAACUUUUUCUAUGUGGUGGAUGGCUAGCAAGCGAUGACCAGCCAGCACAUAAUUAAGCCUUGCGCUAUGAGGGGUUUUAACUAUUUGCCCACUGGCUGCUAGCACUGUCAGCAGGCAAAUAGUUCUUAAAUUAUCAUUCACUUGAAAAUAGAAAGUGAAUGAUAGGGUGCUGUAGAUUUGGUUUGGAUGAAGAAAUCACUGUUUUUCCGAAUUUACAGAAUUGGUUCAACCUACCAAAUUCUGACCGCAUUUGCCUUUAGUAAAUAUGGGAAUUACCAAUGUAGUCAGAAUUUCGCCUAGGAAGGGCACACAGGACGAUGGCUGAUGAUGUCACCACUCUGUGCAGGGAGUGAAGCAGGAGCCUAACGGUCGGAUUCUUCCUCGGUCCGACCAAAGGUGUAUAAACAUGGCAGAGGGCUCGAGUGUUCUGUGAAACUAGGGGCCACAUUUUGAAGUAUUUUUUACAUAGAAUUCAUUUUACAAAUUACCAGAACUUUUCCUUACAUGCUGUAAGGAUUCUUAUGAUAAAAAAAAAAGGAAAAAUUCUGGUGACGGUUGUACUUUAAUUUUGCUGACACUUUUAGAACGCAAAAGUAUUGAUAAAUUAUCUCAAUAGCAGGAGAAAAUUAGUUAUCUAUGCUAUCUACCAGAAAGCAGUGAUAGGUGCUAAUACAAAAGAAUCACGUUUCCUUUACAUUGAAUCUUAAUAAAACCCAUACUUAAACAGAAAAUAUUAAUCUAAACUGCAUGCAGUUGUGGUUACCUCUGGCACGGUUUCACAGUUUUUCUGCGGAGGUAGCUGUGGUUACCUCUGGCACGGUUUUUCUGCGGAGGUAGCUGUGGUUACCUCUGGCACGGUGUUUCUGCGGAGGUAGCUGUGGUUACCUCUGGCACGGUGUUUCUGCGGAGGUAGCUGUGGUUACCUCUGGCACGGUGUUUCUGCGGAGGUAGCUGUGGUUACCUCUGGCACGGUUUUUCUGCGGAGGUAGCUGUGGUUACCUCUGGCACGGUUUUGGUUUUUCUGUGGAGGUAGCUGUGGUUCCCUCUGGCACGGUUUCAGUUUCUCUAUGGAGGUAGCUGUGGUUCCCUCUGGCACGGUUUCUCUAUGGAGGUAGCUGUGGUUACCUCUUUCAUGGUUUCGUUUUUUCUGUGGAGGUAGCUGUGGUUACCUCUGGCACGGUUUCUCUAUGGAGGUAGCUGUGGUUACUUCUUUCAUGGUUUCGUUUUUUCUGUGGAGGUAGCUGUGGUUAACUCUGGCACGGUUACAGUUUCUCUAUGGAGGUAGCUGUGGUUACCUCUGGCACGGUUUCAGUUUCUCUAUGGAGGUAGCUGUGGUUCCCUCUGGCACGGUUUCAGUUUCUCUAUGGAGGUAGCUGUGGUUACCUCUGGCACGGUUUCUCUAUGGAGGUAGCUGUGGUUACUUCUUUCAUGGUUUCGUUUUUUCUGUGGAGGUAGCUGUGGUUAACUCUGGCACGGUUACAGUUUCUCUAUGGAGGUAGCUGUGGUUACCUCUGGCACGGUUUCAGUUUCUCUAUGGAGGUAGCUGUGGUUCCCUCUGGCACGGUUUCAGUUUCUCUAUGGAGGUAGCUGUGGUUAACUCUGGCACGGUUACAGUUUCUCUAUGGAGGUAGCUGUGGUUAACUCUGGCACGGUUACAGUUUCUCUAUGGAGGUAGCUGUGGUUAACUCUGGCACGGUUACAGUUUCUCUAUGGAGGUAGCUGUGGUUAACUCUGGCACGGUUUCUCUAUGGAGGUAGCUGUGGUUACCUCUGGCACGCUUUUCUGGGAGGGCUGUGGUUACCUCUGGCACGGUUUCUCUAUGGAGGUAGCUGUGGUUACCUCUGGCACGGUUUCUCUAUGGAGUAGCUGGAGGUAGCUGUUUACCUCUGGCACGGUUUCUCUAUGGAGGUAGCUGUGGUUACCUCUGUACGGUUUCUCUAUGGAGGUAGCUGUGGUUACCUCUGGCACGGUUUCUCUAUGGAGGUAGCUGUGGUUACCUCUGGCACGGUUUCUCUAUGGAGGUAGCUGUGGUUACCUCUGGCACGGUUUCUCUAUGGAGGUAGCUGUGGUUACCUUUGGCACGGUUUCUCUAUGGAGGUAGCUGUGGUUACCUCUGGCACGGUUUCUCUAUGGAGGUAGCUGUGGUUACCUCUGGCACGGUUCUCUAUGGAGGUAGCUGUGGUUACCUCUGGCACGGUUUCUCUAUGGAGGUAGCUGUGGUUACCUCUGGCACGGUUCUCUAUGGAGGUAGUUGUGUCUACUAAUUGCAUCAGUCUUUCAAAUGUUCAGUGGCAGUUGGUGAGACCAUGUGACGUCAGCAGCCAAUCAGAGUAUGAGAUUCAGGAUGAUGAGCCAUCUUACUGUCAACUGCCGUGUCUGUUUUACCUGCUCAGUGAUUCGUGUCAUUGAUCUGAUAAGGCAGUGUUAGUGUAACUUGUCAUACUGUAAAGGUUUAUAGGGUUUUAUCCAAAUCUGUACAACACAAUGUAUAGAUAGCAUUUUUAAGCUCUUUUUAUUUUAAAUACCUUAUUUUUGAGCACAGGUAGAUUUAUGACAUAGUUAGUGUCGUCAAUGAUGCAACUUAACAAUCGACAAUGGGAAGCUCUUUCAAAAGAUUUAUAGUGACUAUGGGCAUGACAGGCUGGCUGCGUUAAAAUACUUUAAAAUAUAUUAUUGUUGCCCUGAAAACAAGAUGAAACUGCAUUGCUAUCAGGAACCACCUGCCCUCCACCUGGUUAAGUAAAAUUUGGAAUAGUUAUGUCAAGUGGUAGUAUGGUAAUGGUUGGUGAGCAGAAUAGUGAUUUCAUUUUUAGGGUUUUAUUUAGGAGAAAUGUAUCUAUGCUCUGUCACUUCCUUAUUGUUUUUAUAAUACACGAGAGGGGUGUACAGACGGUUUAAAUUGUGGGGUUUUUACAAUAUCCAUACACACUGGGGAAGCAAGAUCCGUUUUUUGGAGAUUAAAGGUGGAAUAUAAUGUCUGAGAGGGAUCAGUAUUUGUAACUGUAAAUCCACAACCAACAAGUUCAGAAACAGAUGAAAGAAACUUUGGAAAUAAUGAAAAUGCACAAAUGUGCCCAGAUCUGUGUAUGGCCCAGUGUAUUUAAUAGAAAAUGGGGGUAUAGCACCCGGGUUUUCUAUGAACUGUUCUUGACUGCUGAGCAUUGUUUUUAAAGGAUAAUGGGUGUCAUGAUCUUUAAAGUUGCAUAGUGUGCGUAAAAUGUAGUUUGUCCAUAAACAAAUUGAUUUGUCAGAAUCUAAAUCCUUUUUACCCUGCAUUUUCCAGACAAAUCAAUUCAUUUAGGUGUGAAAUGAAAGGAUUGUGUUUUGGAGAAAUUCAUUUUUGGGCGAUCCGCAUUUUUGCAAAUAUCUAGCGUGUGAUUUUAUUAGAUCCUAAGUUAUGCAUUUACAUGCAUUUUAAAUUCAAAUUAAAACAUGUAAGGUGUAUAGGCAUUUUCCAAACCUAAAGGAACUUUACUAAAAUAUAUUUUUUGUCAUCCAACAGGUGAAAAGAAGUUUGUCUGUCCUGAGUGUUCCAAACGAUUUAUGCGAAGUGAUCACCUUGCCAAACAUAUUAAAACCCAUCAGAAUAAGAAGGGCAUUCAUACCAGCAGUGCUGUGCUGGCAUCAAUAGAAGCAAAGCCCGAAGAUGCAUUGAUUUCUGCUGAAGGAACAACCCUUAUCCUUGCAAAUAUUCAGCAGGGAUCUGUAUCCGGCCUAGGAACUGUAAAUACUGGCACCAGCAAUCAAGAUCUUCUCUCAAAUUCGGAAAUCCCUUUACAACUUGUCACAGUUUCGGGAAAUGAGACAAUGGAGUAAAAAUCACACGACACCUAUUAAUUGUGGUUAUUUUUAUACAGUAGUGAGAAAACAAAACCUUGUUCUUGAGUUCUUAGAUAUCUUUUUAUUGAUGUGCAAACAUUUUGGAUUGACAGUUACUUGGUUAUACAUGACACUGAAAUGCCUUACUUUGUAUGCUAUUCCAUUAAGUAUGAUACAAUGGUAAAAUUGCAUGGCUUUUGUAGGUACUUUUGGAAUCUAGAACUGAUGAAAUUUUACCAUGAUCCGUACAAGUAUAAAUAAUGUUGACAGAUGGAAAUGGUAGUCUAACCAAAUGCAUCAAUCCAGUGUGGUUUAGUGUAUAAAAAAAAAAAGAAAACAAAAAAAUUACAAAAAAUAAAAAAAAUAAAGAACAUGUUGGUAUUUAUCUAUUGUAAGAUAAUAAAGUUGAUGGGUUAAAAAAAAAAAAUUAUGUUAUGAUAAAUUUUUGUAAUUUUCUUGAUGACUGGAAUUUUUAUUAUGCAUAACUGACAAAUCACGUUUCCCAGCAAAUACGUCAGUUCGGCUUUACCAUAACUCACCAACUUAUGAAUUAACAGCCAAUCGUUUUAAUUAGGUGAAUCUGUAUACACCAUUUUAAACGUUUCUCUUGUAAAAUUCUUCGACAAAGUUUUAACAUGGAGCCGAUGGCAGCGGCCACUGUCUAGAUCGUGUUGAAAAGCCAUGUGCAAGAUUAAGUUGCAAACCAAAUCUUGUAAAAAAUAAAUAAAUCUGUUUUGCGUCAUGAGAAAAAAACCAUAGCCAAUGUUGAAAGAUUUUGUAGGUUGAAGCAUUUUUGAAUGGUUUAAAUAAAUGUUAUGAUUAAGCACCCACUUUAUUGAACACUGGUGGACCAAAAAAAUAGUGAACUGUUUGUCAUUUAGCACAUAUUGAUUUCAAUCUUGUGUACUCUGAAAGUAUAAAACCCAUUGUUGUAAAUUAACUAGUAUAGCAUAUGCAAACAUGAUUUAGAGCAUUUCCAUAUUGACAAUACCGGGCAUACAAGACCUUGUCAUGGGAUUUGGGAAAUUAUACAAGGGUGUUUUUAUUUUUAUUUUUUUAUUAAUGCUUUUAUUUUUGUUUCUCUUUCCUCUUCUACCUGACCCUCCCCACGCCCCCCACCCCCCACUCCUCUGCAUUUAAACAAACUUUUUUUGCUUCUACCCAAUAAAAGAAUUGUAUGUAUCGAAUACAUUUACCUGAUAAAUAUGUAUAUGUUUUUUUAUUAUGUUGCUGUAUUUUCGUUUUAUUUUUUAAUAAUUGUUUAUAUUUUCAUCUAUAGAAAACGUGUAAAGUUUCAAAGUUACAUUACAGGUAUGUAAGUGCUAUACCAUUUUUCUAAGUAGUAAAAUAAAAACCGCAGCACCUACAACAGUUCACUUAUUUACAAGCUUCGUUUGGGUCUCUGUUAUUCUUAUGACCACCUCAAAUUUAAAAGCUACCUUAAAGUGUAUGUUUAAAGUGUAUUAUAACAGUGUGGUAGUUUAAUAAAACACUAUUUUCUUUCUUUUGACUUUGCUGUUUUUAUAUUUAUUAAGUGGCAUUAUCAAUUCACAGUUUGUUCAUUUUUACUUUAUUUUUGUGGACCAUAUGCUUGGUCUUCACAAUAUGUACUCACUAUUUACUUAAAGUGAUAUUCAAGGCUGCCACACGAGUUAGGAGCAGGGUAUAGGUUGGUUAGCUGGCUGUCCAUUUAAGUCCACCGUUUCUGCCCCACCCAUUCUGCCAUGUUUCCAUUUUUGCUCCAAUAAUAUAGUUGUGUGUGAUAUCGUGCUGCGGAACUACAGAAUUUUGCUGGUGCUAUAUAAAUAAUAAAAUAAUAAUGUAAAGCUACGUUUUUGUGACAGUCUGUACAGCAAAGAUUCCUGUUAGUUGUAGCUCCCAUUCUAGAAUGACAACUGUUAAAUUACAUCUGACAUCAAACAUCCUUGCAGUGUUCAUAAAACCCUGCCCUGCUACAUUUUGAGGAUAAGCUUAGCACUGUGAAAGAGCUCACUGCAUAUCCUGUGGAAAAUGCAGGGGCUUUAAAUAUAAGUAUUUUACUUUAAAUUCAUUGUCUGUAUUACAAGUUCUUAAACGCACCAAAAUUGCUACAUCCCACUGUAGUGGUUAUGUUGUUAGGAGUGGUUUGGUGUCCUUAUAGUCUUAGUCAAACCUUUUAAUAAUGUUUUGACAAUUCACCUGGGUAUUAUUGGGCAUCCGCCGUCGCCUUCUCUGCAAACGAAGCUCCUGUUUUGAGCUAAGCCUGGUGAUUCAACUGUGCACAUUGUUUGAGAGCGCUUAGCUGACACAGCAAAGCUCAGCCAAGCUAACAGAAGCUCCUUGCCAGAGCUUCCAGCUCCAGCAGUGGUGGCAACAGAUACUUUGUGGACCCUAGGUAAACUGUCAAACUACUAUUAAACGGUUUAACUACUUCCACUGGGAGAGCACUCCUGAUAUCCUAGUUCUGCAGCCUUACACUUUACAUAUUUGUCAAAAUAGAGCUUGAAAGCAGAGCUUAUACUUCCACCUCAAAACUGUGAGUCAGGGUUCCACUUCUAGGCUCACAUACCAACUCGUACCAGUAAGUUGGUAUGUCAGCACGGAGUUUGAGGGACUUCCUUGGAGCAGGUUUUUGCAAGUCCAAAGGCGGCCUCUUUCUCUGUUGUUGAUGUGGUGUGCUGCUGUGCACUAUUUUAUCAUUGAGAUAAUUUUACAAUUGACGAAUGGGCCAUCUAAAGCCUUAUAGCUUGGCUUCCCGUCAAGAAAAUCUUAGAACCAUUUUCGAUGAUAAUGGAUAAAUUUUAACCUUGGAAUUCCACUUUAUUUAUAUCAUGUAUAUAGGAUUUGGUUUUUAAUCUCCCUCUCUUUAGUGCUUCUUUCAUUGUUUUUUAGCAUUGUUUGACAAAUCCAAGGAGCUGAUUGCAGUCACCAUACAAAUUGCAUACAACGCUCAGAUUUUAAGGAGCAUACUGUUCUAUUUUGCUGCUGCUGAUCAUGCACAUAAUGAAUGCAGAUGGCUAGCGGCAUUGUAGUAUAUGCUUCUUUCAUGUGGUUUCCCCAGAAUUCAGUAAGCAGAGCUGAUACAUAAUUAGUUUAGUGACAUCUACAAGGGGCAUCGUGAGACAUCUAUGUUUGGAGUAGCUGAUAGAAGUUAAGUUCUGUACUGAAAUCUAAAUAAAUCUUUCAAAAGCACCCCAAAAAACUAAACUAAAUUUAUAUAUUUUUUUUUGACAAGGGUUGUCUGUGCUCCAACUGUUUGCACAUUACUUCUACAAGAACACGCACGCUACUGUAUAGGUUUUAUGAAAGAAAUGCUAGCAAGUUUAGUCCACACUUAUGACCUGUAUUACUUGGUGUCACUUUGUAAGAAAUUAUUCUAUGUAUUUUGCCAGUACAUUUAUAAUUUUAAGUCCACAGGCAGUUAUGUUCUCAUAAUGUAUGAAUAAAAUCUGUACCUACCUGAAAUUGAUCUUGUCGUCCAUUCAGUGGUAAUCUUGAAAGUGAGCAUACAUAAAUUUGGUCUGAACACUGUUUGUCAUGUACCCUUUACUUGUUAUCACAUUUUAUUUCUGUAGGGGCACUCAAUAUAUGUAUCUAAUAUGACAUCUAGACUUUUAUUUGCGCAACCUGAG